CGGACGUCAGUUUACGGUUCAAUCAGAAAACUGAGCCAACAGAUUGACCCCGACAACGUGACGAGGCUGGGGGUACGGAACCUGAUACUUGGUUCUUGUUUCCACCGGCAGAUACAAUCUCGGACUCUACAGGAAGCGGCUUCUGCUCUUGUUGCCACGUCGGAACUGUUGGUGAAGCUAGUUAAUUCAUUUUUAAGAAAACCAGGAGUAAUUUUCAGGAGGGUCCCUGGUAAAGCUGCGUCAUGGUUUCCGUCAUCAACACGGUGGACACUUCCCAUGAGGACAUGAUUCACGAUGCCCAGAUGGACUACUACGGGACUCGACUCGCCACCUGUUCCUCCGAUCGCACCGUAAAGAUCUUUGAUGUCAGAAACGGAGGGCAGAUCCUGGUCGCAGACCUCAGGGGCCACGAGGGUCCCGUGUGGCAGAUAGCGUGGGCUCACCCAAUGUUCGGAAACAUCCUGGCUUCGUGUUCCUACGACCGUAAAGUCAUCAUCUGGAAGGAGGAGAACGGAGCCUGGGACAAGAUGUAUGAAUACACCGGACACGAGUCAUCAGUGAACUCUGUGUGCUGGGGUCCCUACGAGUUUGGUCUGAUCCUGGCCUGUGGAAGCUCCGAUGGCGCCAUUUCACUUCUCACAUUCACUGGGGAUCAACAGUGGGACGUCAAGAAGAUCAGCAACGCCCACACUAUUGGCUGUAACGCGGUGAGCUGGGCUCCUGCAGUCGUUCCAGGUAGCCUGAUCGAUCAGCCGUCAGGACAGAAGCCAAACUACGUCAAACGCUUCGUCUCCGGGGGCUGUGACAACCUGGUCAAACUCUGGAAGGAGGAGGACGGUCAGUGGAAGGAGGACCAGAAGCUGGAGGCGCACAGUGAUUGGGUGAGAGACGUCGGCUGGGCUCCUUCUAUCGGUCUUCCCACCAGCACCAUCGCCAGCUGCUCCCAGGACGGUCGUGUGUUCAUCUGGACGUGUGACGACCCUGCAGGCAACACCUGGACGGCCAAACUGCUGCAUAAGUUCAAUGAUGUUGUGUGGCACGUCAGCUGGUCCAUCACUGGAAAUAUACUGGCUGUUUCUGGAGGAGACAACAAGGUCACACUGUGGAAGGAGUCGAUGGACGGUCAGUGGGCGUGUAUCAGUGACGUCAGCAAGGGCCAGGGCGCCGUGUCCACCAUCACAGACACACAGCAGAACGAGCAGUGACACACACAUAACAGUGACCCCUGACUCUACGAGGAUGAUUCCAGUGUUCACAGAUAAUUGAACGUUAAUAAACUUGCCCGACAUUUGGUCUGACACCAAAACGUUGUCCACGGAGACUGAGUUUAGUUUAUGCUAUGGCUUUAAGGCUUCAGCGUGAGCUGAGCUAUAAUUUGUGUCCAGGAUAAAUCUGUUUAAACUUUAUCUGAAGGAGAAAACCUUCACGGGGGAAUGAGCUCUGCCCAGUGUUUGUAUUUUCAAACUUUAUCAAAAAAAGCAAAAAGGAUUGAAAAUUGAUAAUUAACAUAUUUUAUCAAACACACUUCCACGUCAUUUGUCUUCCCACUUUAGUUGUCACAUUAAAGCUUGUCCAGACAUAACUUUGGAAACCCGCCGUCCAUCCUAUCCCAUGAUGCUCUGCUCCUGAGACAUUUCAGCCCUGAACCAAACCGCCGUCACUUAGCAGUCCCUUCACAUUCAACCCUUGUUUUUCCCCAUGCUUAACAAGCUUUGAGCAGAAAACCCCCUGUGCAAUGACAAAACUGCUUUUUCAUGAGGUUAAAUGUGUUUGUUGUGAACCAGCUUCACUGCUCAGGCUGUAAAUGAUCCCUGUGUUCCCACAGUUCAGAAACACGACUUCCCCGACUCCAGCUGCUACUAAUGACGAAUAGUGAAUAAAAGGCUUAGGCAGUGAGUUGUUGACAAGUCACCACAUGCCAUAAGUUGUUUGU